CGUCCUAUAUACUAGUCCCCCACCUCGUGUAUGGGUAGAUCACAAGUUCACGACACUGGACUGACUGAUAGAGGUUUACACCGUUGGAGCCUUCCAAGCAGAAUGAUCCCAUCGACUUGUAUAUGCGCCUCUGCUUUCCAGCUCCCACCUCUCUAUUCUUCCUCAACCAGGUGUUCCGCAAUUGGCGAGAGUUGUGCAAUUGAAGCUCGAAAUCUCAGAUAUUCGGUUCUUACAAAACAGGGAAAAGAGCUCCCAAUUCUAAACGACUGUUCCCUGAGCAUUCCUUCUGGCCAGCUAUGGAUGCUUCUUGGGCCCAAUGGCUCGGGAAAGUCUACUCUUUUGAAGAUCUUGGCGGGGCUCUUGUGUCCCAACAGUGGUUCUUUUUAUGUGAAGAAACCAAAGAGUUAUGUAUAUCAAAAUCCAGACCACCAGGUGGUAAUGCCUACUGUGGAAGCUGAUGUGGCUUUUGGUCUAGGGAAACUUAACAUAUCCAUGGAUGAGAUCAAGCCUAGAGUGGCAAAAGCACUGGAUGCUGUUGGCAUGUAUGAGCAUUUGCAUAAACCAGUUCACACUCUUAGUGGAGGUCAGAAACAAAGGGUAGCCACUGCUGGUGCUUUGGCAGAGUCAUGCCAAGUGUUGUUGUUAGAUGAACUGACUACAUUCUUGGACGAAAAUGAUCAGAUUGGGGUGAUUAAGGCUGUGAAGAAAUCUAUACAUGCAUCUAAAGAACUUACUGCAUUGUGGGUCACCCAUCGACUGGAAGAACUUGAGCAUGCAGAUGGUGCUGUUUACAUGGAAGAUGGCAGAAUUGUUAUGCAAAGUGAUGCAUUGAGUGUAUCUGACUUCAUUGAAGUUAGGAAGGCCUCUUAUCUUGAUCAAAUCAAUUUAUGAUCAUCUUGUCAAAAGAAUCACAUUUACCAUUUGGAUCAAAUGGUGCACCAUAGAUUUUUGGUGUAUGAUUUCAAAUGAUGCUAUUUUUCUUUUUUGGGCAGCUCCUGAUUAAUUUUACGAUUUUGAUUUCUAAAUAAAUCUUAACUACCUGA